AUUAAAAAAAGAUAGAAAAAAAAUGGUAUCUUUAAAACUUUAAAAAAGAUUAUCAGCAGCCGUAUUGAAAUGCGGUUAAAAAAGACUUUGGUUAGAUCCAAAUGAAUCUUCCGAAAUUUCAAUGGCAAAUUCAAGAGCAAGUAUCAGAAAGCUUAUUAAAGAUGGUUUAGUAAUGAAAAGAUCAACAGUAAUUCAUUCCAGAUCAAGAGCUAGAAGACACUUAGAAGCCAAAAGAAAAGGAAGACAUACUGGACAUGGUAAGAGAAAAGGUUCUAGAAAUGCGAGAAUGCCCACUAAAGUACUUUGGAUAAGAAGAUAAAGAGUUUUAAGAAGACUUUUAAGAAAAUAUAGAGCAGCUAAAAAAAUUGAUAAAUAAUAAUAUCAUUAAUUCUAUUUAGGAUCUAAAGGUAAUUUAUACAAAAACAAAACUGUCUUGAUUGAAGCCAUUCACGUUUCUAAAGCUAACAAGAUUAAAUCUGAUAAAUUAAACGCUUAAUAAGAAGCAAGAAGAACCAAAAACGCUGCUACUAGAGCUAAAAGAAACUAAAAGGCAUAAAUUGUACCUAAACUUGAUGUUUGAAGGAAAAAUAUUAAUAUAAAAUUAAUUUCUUUUUUCUUUAAAAAAAUAGAUUUUAUUUAAAUAUAAUUAUAAUAAAAAAUUUGAAAAUAGUUAAAGUGAAUAUAGAAUAGUUUUAAUUUAUUAAUGUAUGUUUGUCUGUUUUCCUUUUUUUAAAAUAAAUUUAUUUAAAUUCAAUAAUACAUAAAUAAAUAUUUUU